UCUAUUUAUCCUUCUAGACGAGAUGAAACGGUGGUUUCGAAUUACUGCAUCCAUACAGCGCCACGCCGGGUAUAUACAGACAGCCUAUUUUGUGUCUGCCGUAGCUCCGUUCAAAGGAUAGAGAUGCCGGUGGAUAGAUUAUUCAUCCAAAUUAAUUAUUGCUGGUUAAUAAUUACUCCAAAUGCCCGCUUUUUAUCACAAAAUCCAAUAUUUUCAUUUUCAUCAGCUUCAAAUAUAAUUCUGUUGGUUUCCCCCUCCCCCCGGCCUUUUCUUUUUUUACUGGCGUCAUCGCCCACUAUCUUAGAGGCUGGGAUGCUGGUGCCGAUGCCGCAUUGGGCCUUGGCUCAGCGGACCAUCCGCGCUAAGGUGCCCACCCCCGCAGUGCGUCUUUGGGCACUUUAGCGUGCAUGACGCUGUUCAAGAUUCCAAAUCCAGAGACGAGGAGAGAGCCUUUCCCUCCCGCUCAGAAAAGACAAAAAGACAAAUCUUGUUGCCACCAGCCGUUUUCCUUUCUUGCAUCAUCAUCAUCGUCUCCUUCGUCUUUUGCAAUGUGAUUUUUUGUUACUACGAUUGCUUCCGACAUUUAAUUUCUCUCCGUAACCGCCCACCGCUUCCGACGCUCAACACCUUGACGAGCCGAGCUCUCUUGGUCGGAUUCCGCCACUUCCGCUCUCGAGCCCAACCACCGUCUGCGUACAAACGAGAAGCAACUCAAAGCUCUUCCACUACCACCGGAGGUGACACAAUUAAAGUACUCCAAGAGAAAAAUAUACAUGAAAUAUAAUACAAGCAUCUGCGCCCGUCGACCGUGACGACACAUGCCGCCGCCGCUAUGAACACUCAGCCAGACCCCGGCCUUAGCCAGGACUCUCUCAUCCGUGUCAUCGGCCCGCUUGCCGCCGUCUUUCUUUUAUGCUGCCUCGUUUCUUGUCUAUGGUACUGCCACCGGCGAAGACGACGCCCCUCCGAUAAUUACUACGACUGGCCGCGCGAGCGCCUUGUAGCUCCAGAUGGGAACCUCAUGUUCUAUCCCCGAGGCCGACGAGUACUGGGCCAGGGCAGGUGGAACGUGUGGGGGGGCAUGAGAUCGAAUGAGGGGCUCAACGAGUUGGGCGAAGCGCCGCCGCCCUAUGAAUUGAAGAGGAUCGCAGUGGCUGGAGCAGCAGCAAACGCUCAGGCCAAUGCGAAUCCCGCCGGGGGAGAUGCGGCCCAAGCCAGCAGCACUGAGGCCAGUCCGGGUGCUGGUGCUGGUGCUGCUACCGAGACGACUGGCGAUGCUCCCGCUGCGGCUGCUACUGCUACAGCUGCUGCACAUCCUGCAGAGCAUGUUCCAAGGCAACUUCGAGAUAUGGAAAACGGAGCCAUGCCGCCCGAAUAUGCAGAGCGGCCUGCCGAGCCGACGGUGCCGCCGCCCGCGGUUACAACAGACCGUCGAUAGGUGAGAUGUGAUUAUGGCAAUGGGCUAUGUGUAUUACAGGGGCGUUGAAAUUUGUUUUCCAUGAUUUUUAGAGAGAGUGGCGUUUGGGACCCGGCAGAUGGCUGCUUUCUUUUCUCUUUAGCUGAAGGCAGCGUGUAGCUCGUUGAUAUGAGAGUACCCUACAGGAUAUUGAACCGACAGACAGUGUAGAUGAUGGCUUUGCAUCAACAUAAAUUUGGCAUGAAGAAAUUUAUAUGUUAAACCUUGCGUUUCUCAUUAUUAAGCUGUCUCUUCCGACUGUAUUUGAGUCAGGUAUUCUGGCAUCUCUCUAUAAUACUUAAUUACCGAUGUACUGGAAUGCUGCAGCACACGGAAUGCGGACUCCUAUUGUCUGAGCUGCGGCUUCACUGCCGAGAGUGGAUAUUUUCGUUUUUUUCAACGACCAACGACCUCUCC